UCUGCGUACCUCGCCACGUGGGAUUCUGUCUGCGGCACCAUGGCAUUUCUCUGGAAGGGCUGGAAGCAUGCAGCAGUUGCAUGAGUGCGGAGCACGGUGUAGCCGAAGGAUAGUUUAAGCGAGGACAUUAUCUCAAUUUGGUGCGGCACAGAGUGGCAAAUGUCAGCUGAAUGUUAUGAUACGAAACCGCAGAGGAAACGACGGAAUGUGAACGUCACAGGAAUCAUCGUUGUAUCGCGACGUGAACAUGAGUGGAUUAUCAUUCGUUUACAAGACAAGGCUAUGCCACGACAACAUGUGCUGCUGCUACCGUUACCGCAACAACAUUUCGAGGAGGCGGUUACAGUCCCCUUUGAUGGAGAACGAGACCGACAACGACAAACAAGACGGCAACAUUUCCAGUCCAAUCCAAGAUUACAUUCCGUUACGGAAACGACGCACGAGCGGCGGAGGAGGGGCUUAGCUGAAGAGAGACAGCGGGAUUUCUCCCAACUUAUACCUGACUGAACAUGCUUUUCGAGCCAGGCCUUAGCUUUGCGAUAUCAAUCGCGGAGCUCCCCUGUGGCCGUUCGACACUGCAAGUGUACGACACGCUACAGACCACGGCUGUACUAGACUACGGAUGGCUUCAAUGAAAAGCAAUAUUUUUAAGGCUUUACGAAAAUUCAGUUGUUGAGAGAGUCGCCACAAAGUACGACUGACUUUUCACCUGUUGUAUGUAUAGUGCACUCUUCAACAUUGUGCGAUGAACCUGAAA